GCGCCGAGCUAUCUGGUUGGCACUCGCGUCGAGUCGGGCACUUGUAUUCGAAUUGACGUCGCACGUCUUUCGUAUCUCGUUAUAUCCUCGUGUUUCACGUUGACCACGUUCGCGUCAGUUUCGUUACCGAGUUUUGUGCUCCGUUCGGUUGAAACGCGCGAUUAAAUCGCAGUUCGUUCCAUCAAGGAAGUUAGACAGUGAUUUUUUUGUGAUGUGCAUGGAAUCGACAAGCCACUUCAAGAUGACGAUCACCUGGGUCUGUCUCAUUGCCCUGUUGUGUUCUACGGCUGUUAAAGGAUCGAAAUCAAAUCUAGUGGUGGACAUCGAGCCGAAACGACAGACAGCGGUGAGACUGGGCGAAAGUCUGCAGAUUUUAUGCAGAGUCGGCAGACCUCUGCAGGUAUGCCGUGUCGAGAUACCUGGCGAGGAUGGUGGCAUGGUUUUGUCUAAAGGACAACCACCCGAAGAUGGUAUCGAGUAUUACGGGGAGGGUACUGAGGCAGGACAAUGCGGUGUUCACAUCGCCAAGAUCAAGGAGAUCCAUGACGGUAUUUUCAAGUGCACCCUGACACCCACCGAUAGUCGAGCGGAAGUACAGGCGUCCGUAAAAAUUAUCGUUGCUAAACCACCGAGCAAUCCAGAACUUCAUACUAGUCCUGGAUCAUAUGGCAGAAAUAUAUACAGAAAAGGAGAAAAAUUGGAAGUCAGUUGCAGUGCACCAUCUGGAAGACCAGCGGCGAACGUCUCUUUGUUCCUUGACGACGAACCUAUUGGUAACGAGGAGAGACCGACAAUUUAUGAUUCGAACGUGGACGACAACUCGUUGGCUGUACAAAAUGCAUCUCGCAGUUUGGAUUGGACGGAUAAUGGAAAAAUUCUUCGAUGCGUCGCCAGUCAUAUUGCCCUCGACAAACCAAAGGCAACUACCAUGCAACUGCAAGUUUACUAUCCUCCUCAACCACAACCACAACCAAUCGAACGUUUCGGAUACGUGAUUGGACGACAAGGAAUCGUAAAUGUAACCGUUUAUGCAAAUCCUAGGCCACGUUUCUUAUGGCGGGUCAAUGAAGAAAAGAUCAACGAGGGUCGUCCAGACGAGAGCAACCGACUUGAGACUUCAAGUGCUGUUGAUCUGGGAAGAGGAGCGUGGAGCGCUAUCCUCAGAAUUGAUAGUGUUCAGAAAUCUGAUACAGAAAAGGCAUACAUCCUAGAAGCGCGCAACGAUGAAGGAGCUAACGAAUACCGUAUCGUUUUGUCGACAUCCACAGAACCCGCAGGUGUAGAUUUAGAUGCUGGUUCUAUCAUUGGCAUCGUUGUCGGAGCCCUGGUGCUAAUUCUCAUCGUUUUCAUACUAAUUUUUGCCCGUGCGACCGGACGCUGGUGCUUCGCAGCGAGGCGUCGGGGCGACGAGGAAGCUGCGAGCGGUGUCGGCGCCGGAAGCGAGGCGCACAUCACACCCGGGGACGAGGACGAGGAGGAUCACGAGGACCCGCGUAUCAUCGACGAGAAAAUACCUCAGGGUGGCCAGGAGAAUCCGAUACACGCGAGCACGGAAUACGUGAACGGCCGUACGGACGUGAAGGAGACGAAGAAGGACGAGAAAACGGACACGCCUGUUUAAAGACGAAUCAUCCGUUCGACGGUCGUUCCCUCUUCAAUCGCGGAAAUAAGCUGUCACCUCUUUUAUUUUUAGUUCGAUAACCCUUUGCACUUGCCUCACUCAUCAAUUUUUUUUAAAUUUUUUAUCGCGAUAUUUAACGCGUUCAUAGUCCAAGAGAGAAAAAACAAGCGUGUUCUAUAAAUAAAUCGUGUUCGUUAUUUUUAGCUCUUCGUUAAUUUUUUAAUGAUUCUGAUACACUUCUAGCUUCGUGUUAUGAACAUCAUAAGGCGUUCGUUAAAUCUGACCCUCUCAUAGUACUUAAGGGUUGAAUUAUUUCACAAAUGUAAAUACCACUCAUAAUUUAAUUACCAUACGAUAAUUUAAUUAUUAUACGAAAUUUUAAGCAUAUAUUGUGUUUUAAAUAUAUGAUCCAUUGGACUAUGAACGUGUUCAAAUGAUUUAUACGAAUCGAACGGGGUUGCUCGUAUUCAUCGCAAACUUAUGGAAAUUGGCAGUAUUAUUUUUAUAGAAUUUAUUUUUAUGACCUGAAUGAUAGAUCUGAUUCUUCUUUACCUGUUUUUAACAAAUGACUAUAAGAUUUGCAUAGAAAACAAUUGUUAAAUAUAAGUCUAGACGGUCGAUUAAUAAUUAAUUCUUUGACUGGAAUUUCAUUUUGCCCCGAUUCGAUCCGGUUUAUCAGCAACAUAAAAAAAGGAAACAGCGGUCAAUGUUUGUCGAGUUAUCUAUGAUGCUGCUUAUCAUGCAAAUGACAAACAACACGGAGUCAAUAAUCGCAACGUUACACGUGAAUGUGCAAAGGGUUCAGACUUAUCAUAGGAACGCGAUACACGUGUCGCGUCUUCGCGUACACGUGACCCAGCAAAAUAUCUCAGCUGAAAUCUCAAUUUAGCAUAAGACGAACGAGCCUCACGAUUAUUUUGCGUAUUUAUUCCCCACGUGACACGCGUACAAUCAUUAUUUUCCCAACUGUGUUCGCAGACGAUGAUAAAUCCUCGCGUCCGAUAGAUCUGAUCGCUUUCGUUAUUUUUAUUUACAUCUUUUUUUCAUGAAAAUAGACAGCUGUUCGUGGUGUGAAACAUGCUGUUCCUCCGUCGCGUUAAUUAACCCUUCGCGGAUGAUCGAGCCCUGUGUAUAUGUGUUCAAUGAAAAUCAUCAUAGUCGCUUCAUAAACCACAUUCUAUAGUUCUUAACGCGAACGAAAAUACGGACGUUAUGAAUUUGUAACGCGUGAUUUGAAAUAAUACUUAUUUUAACUUUAAGCGAAGAAAUAUUUUCUUAGGUUUCUUGAAAGAAGAUCAUAGAUAUGGACGUUGUAACGCAUCCUUCGAUGACGAAAUAUUACUUAUGUUAACCUAAGCUGAGAGUAUUAGAAGCGUUACAUCCGCAAAGGGUUAAUCACGAUUCUCCGCUGAAUCAAUCAAUCCCUCGAUGCCUCGACAGCCGAGCAGGAAACAUUCGGUCUCCUCCCUUUUCGCCGUGUAACUUUUGUAAAUAGAAUUUUAAGGCGGAACCGCCGCCUUCUCUCAUUCUUCUCGCGAAAAUUCACACCGGGGAAAUUCGCUUGGAUCAAGAUUAUUCAUCACACGUUACUGUACAACAUUCGUCGAUCAAUUCUCGAGGAUAAUUAACGUGUUCAUUGUGGAUCCAAGUUGGCUGUGAUUUUGGAGAUAUGCAUGCAACACGGAUUCGCAUUAUUAAUAUUAUUUUUAUUUACUUCAUUCACGAUGUCCAUGGCCUUCGAUCCACAACGAAUGUGUUGAAAGACUAUCAUAAAAUGAAACGUCUUGCGACAAUUUGGUCGAAGAUUUAACGAAACAAGAUUACAUGGUAUCUUGUAGGGGAUGUUUAUACCCUCGAGAAAUUGAACGACGAUAAUAUCGCUAAGGUAUCGUUAGGUAACACGCGUUUACGAGCUGUCCUUAAAGUGUACCGUUCUUACUCUAGAAGAAUCGAUAUAUCUUAAGAGAAUCCGUGUAAUCGAGUAAAAAAACUCGAUCAUUUUCAACUUGAAAUUAUAUGAGACUGCUGGAUUAUGGUUGUCGUCUCGUUGUGACGUGAGAGUGUCACCAUCGAACGUAAUUUCUAAUAAAUGAAUAUACAAACACAGGAAGAACAGUCUCACGCUAGCGCGAACAAAUCAAAUUUUUUGUAGUCGAGUUUUUUCUAAUGGACACAUCAAGAGUACAGGGCCAGGGGGGAAUAUAGAAAAAAAAAAAUGUAAAAUUAAUUGCUCGUGCACAAUAGAAAAUUAUUUUCACGGUAUUAUUAAAUGUAUUCAAUUCUAUUUGUAAUACUUGGCCUGUUCCAAAACUAAUGAAUUUUUAUGUUACAUUUUUAAGAAUAUUACUUUAACUCUUUAGGGGCGAUAAACUCCUACACAAUGGUAGAUUUUACAAACCUAAAAAAAAGUAUACUUGGAAAUCCACCAAAAAAUGUAAAAGAUAAUUAAAUUACAUUUAAUAACAUAUGAAGCAAGGAGCAAACUACUUAAACCUUUUUAUUGAAGUUUUUUUAUAAAAUAACUUCUUUUUAUCCGUAAUUAGAAAAUAACUAACUUAAAAUAAUUGUUAUUGCCGUGAAGAAACGUUUCAAGUGCACGAGUAGAAAGAUCAAUCCAUUCAAUAUCACACCAUUACAUACGUUCGAAUACAUACGAACACAUUCCACGAUGUUGCUUUCCAUUCGAAGGCUAAAAUCGCCCCAUUUAUCCAGAUUCACAUGCUGGCUAAGACACGUGAGUGUAUCUCACGUUUUGUAAUUUAGAACGUUUCUCGGACAGUAUUAUUUAGAUUGAAAAACGAUUCAGUGCCUCGAAAUUGGGGCUGUGUUAUUUCUUUCAAUUUCGAUGUUACAAGACCACCCCUCCCUAUCAGUGUUUUUUCACAAAAUUUAUCAUUCUUGCACGCUCAAUCGAAGGUUCAACGACCAUUUGAAAAAUUAAAAAAAAGAACAAGUACACCUAUUACAAGUUCACGAGUACACCUAUUGAUACUUUACAAUCACGUGUAUCGUGAUUGAACAACUCGACAGAGGUUAUCGAAACUUUCCGAUAUGAUCGUUGACUUUUCAAAAAUUGCCGUUCUUUAAAUUUUUUGCAUGAAAUGUUCCGUUCAACGUCAUUUUAUGAAAAAUAAAAGCGCGAUGCUCGAAAAUAUUAUUCCACUUACAAAAAGUGAUGAUAUAUUAAAGCUAAUUAAAUUGGAAUAACAGCAAAGACAAUUUUGUUUUGCAAUACAUAUUCUUUUUUUGAAAUUUUACAACUCCUAAAGUUGUGAUCGAUUAUUGUGUUUCAAAAAUAUUUUGAAAGGUUGGCAAGUCAUAAAAAUCAGAAUCGUCGAUGCUAUUGUCUUAAUAAUUAAAAAAGAACUGCAUCCAUCCAGCAUCAAACAUUUUCACGUGAUAUCAAAGACUGGAAGCAUUCCAUCGAAGUUUUUCUACCGGAAACAACUUUUUUAAAUAGACUUUUUUAUACCACUGUAAGUUCAUUGAGAUUUCACGAUGGGUGUAGUCGCGAAACGAAUGAUUUAUAGAAAUAAUCGAUGACUUGAAACUGCCUGCGGAGUCCACGCCAAAUAAGUAUUGUGCAAAUAUCCCACGACCCUCGACAUCCCAACAUAAUAAUUAAUAAUGGAGGUGAUUAAUUAUUUUUUUUUCUCUCUUUUAAACGUUUCAUCAUUCGUUGCAACACCUGUUCUCGUGCGUCACUGAUUUCGUAAUCUAUAUGGUUUUUUUAUGCGUUUGAAGAGCGAAAAACAUUUAAUUAGCUCAGUGACUCGAUCGUUUUAUGAUGCAUUUAAAAAAAAUAAUACAUUAUUUUGUGUGAUUAACCCCCCAACAACAUCACGAACGGUCAGUGUGGGGUCAAUUUUGAUCCAUAAUGGAAUUUUCAUUAUCACCCUUUAAUGAGAAAUGAUCAAGAAGGUAAAGUACACAUUGCAGCAGUAUUAUUAUUAAGUACUCUUUGCAAGGACUCCGCCCAACAAAGCUUCGAUUCAUUUAAAAAUAAACGAAAAAAUCUCCGAGGAGUAAUUAAAUAUAAGACUAACCGCGAUUUGGAUACUUUAUAGUGUGUUUCGUGAUUUCAUUAUCAUUCCCUUCGACAAUAAGUGUUCUUUGUACUUUUGUACGGAUAAUCCUUGCUUAGCUCAGUCAUCGUGACAAGACUCGCACACAAAUACACACAUGUUACACGAUAUUAACACGGGGAAGAAACUUGACGAACGUAGAUGUCCACGGCGUGGUACGAAAGAGUAAUUAUUAAAAUAAAGAUAAUAUGAAUGAACGAAAAAAUAGAAAUAUGAAGAGGGAGAAGCGAGAGAAUCGAAACCCUGUAUCUUUGUCAUACAUUGACAAAACAUUUCCGAAUUCUGCACAUACACUCCUUCACUUUUUUCCCAUAUGCGAUCGUGUUUUCACUUACAAAAGAUAAUAUAAUCGUCCUAUCCAACGAGUUCCGGUGAUACGUCUGGGAACGACAGAGAAUUUUGUAACAGAAGACGCGAAACGGCGAUGAUAAAAUUAAUGAUUUUCUAGGCCGAUCGAAGGAACUGGUCGGAUAGAGACGGUCAAGAUUACUGCGUGUUGUAUAUAUUAAAUAUAUAUAUAUGAAAUGAAUAAAUAUAUAUAUAUAUAUAAAUAUAUUAUAAAUAUUAUGGUAUGAGAUUGAAUUAUAAUAGUAUUGAAUAUAUGAUAUAUAUUCUGUGUCGAGGGCACUUGGCAUGCAACUCGUAAAUAUUAUUAACUGAAUAACUUGUUUAUCUACUUGCACUCCAAUUGCCGAGCGACCUGUCGUUAUUCGUGAACUUUUUUGAGAGGAAGACUAUUUGUCGGUCAGAGUAAUAAGUAAUUAUACAUUUGAAGCAUGUGUGAGUUUAUGGAAUUCGCGAGAAACGGUGGAGCGAUCGUUUCUUAUUCCCUGUCGUGAAUUGCAAAGACACAAGAAUCGGGGAAUAUGGCAACGCGAAUGGAAGAUUCCAAGCGUUGAGUAACUAAAAAACGAAAGAAAAAAAAAUGGUAAAUCGAUUUUUCAAGUGGUUGUACGUUGCCAAUUAAGUACUUUGUAUCGUUGUUCGCGAUGUCGAAGAGUCGUUUGUGCCGUUCAAGAGGCUGAAUUUGCAUUCCUGUUUAAAUGGGUCGUGAACGACGCACGUUCUUACAUUUCUAUUGCUUUCUAUUACCCAGAGGCUAUCAAAUAUCAUCCCUUCCUAUUCUAUCUAAGUGUAAAAUAGUUUUAAGAAAAGAAAUAGAGUGCAAAAGAAAUGCAGAGAGUUAUCAGACCACCCCUUUCCAUUUUCCUUAUUUCUAAUUAUAAAACAUACUUUCUUAAACUCAUUAUGACCGAAAGGCUAUUAGAUUUUAACCUCUUUUAUGUUCCAAAUAUAAAAUAAAUGAUGGAUUUGUAAGUUCGUGCGUUCUCCACGAAUCCCAUGUAAUUGUUGUAGGUGGUAUAUGUUAUUUGUACGAACGAUUAACGCGUUAAUAUGUGUGUAAUAAAACGGAAACAUUAACACACGAGGGGAUGAUUCGUUGAAAAGACUGAACGAGCCUAGGCUACACGCAAUCUCCAACUAUUUCACAGUGUUCAUGGCCGAAUAACAAAGAAAAUGACGGAUUCGACGAAACUUAAGAAUCGUAUUUUACGACUGUUGCAAUUAAACCGGCCAUUCCUCGAACAUGGAUUAAAACGUUUUAGUGCCUUGGGGUUCCGAAUUUUGUUUAACGAAACAUUAACGUUCCCUAUAUAAAAGAACGUGAUUUCAAAAGCCAUUACCAUAUCAGAUGAACCUUGCAGCAAAAGUCUCAUUUGCAGUAUUUCUUUGAAUUUUAAGAGAUUGUCUUUUUUCUAAGUUAGAAGAUUAUGUCACGUCAAAAAAUCGUCAUUUAUAAGGCACUUAUACAGAUCCCUGAAAUGGUCACUUUAAUGGCAAAAAGUCACAAAUGAAGGAACUAGCAGGGUGAAAGAUCACUGCCAAAAAUACGCACCGAAAAAAUGUCAGAAUCCUUUUCACGAACAAUUCGAGGGGCGACGGAUUUCUCCGUUUUCUCUCGAGCACCCCGUCACAAAUCUCUUUUCUACGCGCAAGAAACGAAUUUGUCAAAGACUUUGCCACUAUAAACGACGAAAUAAACGGAAUACAGCGAGGAUUUCGUAGCUAAAAAACGUUCAACCUGUUCAGCCUUCGCGUACACCUACCAUGCGACAAUGAAAUCACGUCGAAACGAUAAACGAUUGUACGCGAAAGAAAGAGUGAAUGUGUGCGAGUAUGUAUGUUUAAAGAUAUUACGCGCGGAUACGUUGAUGUACAAAAAAAAAAAAAGAAGAAGAAAGAAUUCCUUGCGGUACAUUUUUAACGAUAUUAAGACACUUAUUUCGUAAUUGAUUUCUAUGGUUCGUUAUUCGUAAAGGCUUGUCUGAAUCUACGUGAUAAAUGUAUAAAAAUUGUGGGAAAAACAGUGUAGAAAUUAUUUGCAAACGUUUUUUUAACCCUUCUUCCUAAAGUCAUUAUUUGGUUUAAGUACCACUUUAUCAAAAUUUACUUUGAAAUAUUUAAAAGGUUGUAAAUUUUCAGAAAAUAACUCUACAUCCAACGAAGGGUUAAAAACGUUUAAACAAAUAUCCUCGAGUUUUCUGUUUUUCAUUAAGAUGGAAAGCAUGUGUUUUGUAGAUCUGGACUAGACUUUACGAUUAAUUAUUUAAAUCGCGAUGAUCAUGCUAUAAUUGUAUUUGUAUAUGUAUACACACGAAUUUGUAUGGAUAUAGAUGUGUACACAGGGUGUCUUGGUUUUUCUUUUAAAUUAACUUUUAAGUACUGUUAAUAUGAAACAGAUUACAAAAAUAAAAUUGCAAAAUUAUGUGUCUAUCGUACACAUCAAUUUGCACUGUCAGUGUUGAAAUAUUAUACUAAAAAAAUUAAUAAGAAUAAAUUAGACACAUUUCUGUCUCAAGUUUUGAAUAAGACAUUUGUGAUUUUUCUUUAUCUCGAAUCGUAAAAUACAUAGUAAGAAAACAUCGAAUCAUAGUAAGAAAAAAUUUAGAAUGUCCUGUGUAUACAUGCCUACACGAAUCUCAUUUUUUAAUAAUUGAUGCAUAAUAUUUUCUUUUGUCGUAAAACAUGAAAGCACGAGGUUGAUGAUUUGUGAAACAUGCGAUAUUAACGAGAAAAAAAGAUUUUACUGUAAUAUUAUAAGAAAGCAUGAUCGUUGGCCAUACAAUGGAGUAUAUAUAUAUUAUAUAUAUAUACAUAUAUUUAUGUUAAGUCUAGGUAUUAAAUAAGACUAUAAAAAAAAAGAUGGAGAUAAUGAUCGCGAAUACCUGAGUAUGGUGUUCUCUGAAACAUUUUUAGAAUGUCAUUUUCAUUAAUUAGGAAAUGAUCCAAAACUGGUAUAGAAAGUUUAGAAAAAAUAUCAACUCCUUUUUUAAAAUAAUACAUGGUUUACUUAUUCGAUAUUUUAUUUGUAACGAGGGCCCAAUGUUAAAACAGCAUUCAUCGAAAAGGAAAAAAACACUUUAAGAAUACUUCAGAGAUCGCUGCAUUAAAGUUUAAAAAUAAAAAGAAAAGAAAAGUGAAAAAAAAAUAAAUGAUACGAAAAGAGAUUAAAAAUUGAAAGAAGGAUGAAGUUUGAAUGUUACACGGUCGAUAAAUGGAAUACGAUCAGCACAUACACAUACCGUACACGUAUGUAUGUACAUCACAGAUUUAUACACACCGAAACAUAUUGCGAUCACACAUUGAAAACGAAUACAAGGUGAACAUUUUGUAUCUGUACUUUGUAGAUACAACGCAAUAGGCAGGAGUAAAUCUAAUUAAGAAUUCAAAUGAAAUUAAUAUAUAGAAGAGCUGUAUGUAAUUAACUGUAAGUUCAUUCAUCGCUAUGAUAUUAUACUUAGGUAUUAUAUGAUUUUUGAAAUAAAACAUUUGUUUUAAAUAUACAGAA